AGGUGGCAUUGACUGGCACUGAUGGGUGACACUGAAAGGCAGCUCAGAAUGGGCACUGAUAUGUGGCAUUGAUGUGCACUGGUGUGCACUAAUAUGUGGCACUGAUGGGCACUGGCACUGAUGAGCACUGACAUAAUGCACUGAUGGACACUGACAGGUGGCACUGCUGGGGCUACACUGAUCAUCAGGGCACACUGAUCAUCAGUGCUCUGCGGCUCUCCUCUCGAGCUGUCAGCGUGACAGCUCGAGAGGAGAGAAAUGCCGAUAAUCGGCAU